AAGAAUAAAAUUGUGUGUGGGUGUGAUAGUUUGAGGAGACUUCAGUCAGCUGCUUUUGAUGAGGUCAUCCAUUCAGGCAGCCGUUCCAUGAAACAUGCAAGAAACUUUUCCAUCCAGAGGGGAUAAGAUAGUGAACGGACAGCCAUGGGCCAUCAGCAGCGUUGAUGAAAAUAAUGUCGCACAACAGACUCUCACAGAAUCUGGUGAUGAUGCGACGAAGAAGCAGAGAGAUGGAGUCAAGAAACUGCGUCGGGAGUCGAUAGAGGUCAAAGGAGGAACCCUUGACACCACAGAUCCUGCUAGUCUGACGACACAAGGUACCGGUGGAGACAACCAUGUUAAACAAGACAAGAACAAAGUGGUUAAUGACCCAGUUCAUGGCCACAUAGAGCUCCAUCCUCUUUCUUUCGCCAUCAUCGAUACUCCUCAGUUUCAAAGAUUGAGGUACCUGAAACAGCUGGGGACUUGUGAUUUUGUCUAUCCUGCCGCAGUUCAUACCCGCUUUGAACACUCCAUUGGCGUAUACCAUCUUGCUGGAAUGCUGAUGAAAAGUUUACAGGCGAGACAACCAGAGCUCGGUAUCACUGACAAAGACGUGUUGUGCGUACAGAUUGCGGGCCUUUGUCACGACCUGGGUCACGGCCCCUUCUCGCACAUGUUUGACAACAUUUUCAUUCCGUUGGUCACUAAAACCAGUAAAUGGAAACACGAACAAGGGUCUGCUGCCAUGUUUAAUCACAUGUACGAAGAUCCUCAAAACAAGCUGGCCAGCAACUUCAAGAAGUUUGGUCUUGAUGAAAAAGAUCGCACUUUCAUCAAAGAACAAAUCGCUGGUCCCUUCGGUGAAGGGAACGAUGAAUGGCCUUAUAAGGGAAGACCACGGGCAAAAGCUUUCCUAUAUGAUAUUGUGGCCAACAAGAGGAAUGGAGUGGAUGUUGACAAAUGGGACUACAUCAGUCGGGACUGUCUCCAUCUCGGGAUGAAGAGCAACUUUGACCAUCUUCGCUUCAUUCAUUUUGCUCGGGUGAUUCGUGUGGGCGAAGUGACUCAGAUAUGCCUUCGAGAUAAAGAGGCGUAUGGAAUUUAUCAGAUGUACCAGACCCGCUACUUUCUUCACAAAAUGGCGUAUGAACACAGAGUAACCAGUGCUAUAUGCCUCAUGAUCGCUGAUGCACUGGAAGAGGCCAACAAAGUCAUAAGGAUGCCAAAAGACGAUGGUACAAUGAUAAAAAUGUCAGACUGUAUCAAGGAAGAGAACAUGGACGCCUACAUGAAUCUAACAGACGAGAUCAUCCGUCAGAUCCUCCUGAACCCUGACCCUCGUCUCGAGAAAGCACGACAACUUGUGCGAGAUGUGUGGCGCCGGAAGCUCUUCAUGUUUGUUGCUGAGAGUCCACCCAUUCAAAGCAGAAGAUUUGCACAAGAACAUAAAGAUGGAAUUAAGCGCGAGAUACUCCGUUUUCUAGAAAAAGAUUCUCUCAAGACGGAUCGGGUCGUUAUCGAGUUAGUGGACUUCAAUUUUGGUACAAAAAGCCACCCCAUAGAGAACAUCUACUUUUAUUCAAAAGCCAGUCCAGACAAGCUAUAUACAUAUUCUCAUAUAAGGUGA